AUGCGGCGGCGGUGGUGUCGGCAGCAGCAGGCGGAGGAGCGGGGAGCGAUGCGGUGCUGCGCGGCGGGGCCGUGGCCGCACAGUGCCCUCACCACGCUUCUGCUGACAGCUUUUUUGCUAAGCUCUGCUGAUGGCAAUAAUGGAACUGUUAACUGGACGACUAAGCGAGCCCACAGUUAUGUUAUCAGCAGAAUAAAGGCUGUUCAGAAGAAUGUGUACACAAUUCUGUCUAAGGUGCACUCUGAUCGGAAUGUAUACCCUUCUGCUGGAGUUCUGUUUGUUCAUGUUUUGGAGAGAGAGUACUUUAAGGGGGAAUUUCCUCCUUACCCAAAGCCUGGUGAAAUAAGUAAUGAUCCAAUAACAUUUAAUACCAAUUUAAUGGGUUACCCUGACAGACCUGGAUGGCUACGCUACAUACAAAGGACACCAUACAGUGAUGGAGUGCUAUAUGGCUCACCAACUGUAGAAAAUGUGGGCAAGCCAACCAUCAUUGAGAUCACUGCAUAUAACAGGCGUACCUUUGAAACAGCAAGACACAAUUUGAUCAUUAAUAUAAUGUCAGCAGAAGAUUUUCCUUUACCGUAUCAAGCGGAAUUCUUCAUAAGGAAUAUGAAUGUAGAAGAAAUGUUAGCAAGUGAAGUUCUUGGUGACUUCCUUGGAGCAGUGAAAAAUGUAUGGCAGCCAGAACGCUUGAAUGCUAUAAACAUUACUUCAGCCCUUGACAGGGGAGGGAGAGUUCCACUUCCAAUUAAUGACAUGAAAGAGGGUGUGUAUGUGAUGGUUGGGGCAGAUGUUCCUUUCUCUUCGUGUUUACGAGAAGUGGAAAACCCACAAAAUCAGCUGAGAUGCAGUCAAGAAAUGGAGCCUGUAAUAACCUGUGAUAAAAAAUUUCGUACUCAGUUCCAUAUUGACUGGUGUAAAAUCUCUCUGGUUGACAAUACAAAACAAGUUUCCACCUUUCAGGAAGUGAUUCGUGGAGAGGGAAUAUUACCUGAUGGUGGAGAAUACAAGCCACCUUCUGAUACACUGAAAAGCAGAGACUAUUACUCGGAUUUCCUAAUUACACUGGCAGUGCCCUCGGCAAUAGCACUGGUGCUUUUUCUAAUACUUGCCUAUAUCAUGUGCUGCCGACGGGAAGGAGUGGAAAAGAGAAACAUGCAAACACCAGACAUCCAGUUGGUGCACCACAGUGCUAUACAGAAAUCAACCAAAGAGCUCCGUGACAUGUCCAAGAACAGAGAGAUCGCGUGGCCGCUUUCCACGCUGCCCGUGUUCCACCCGGUGACGGGCGAGAUCGUCCCGCCCCUGCACACGGACAGCUACGACAACACCAGCAUGCCUCUGAUGCAGACACAGCAGAACCUGCCACAUCAGACUCAGAUUCCACAGCAGCAGAGUGCAGGAGAAUUUCGUAUGACAACAUUUCAAAGAUUUGAGGUAAAUGGUAUUCCUGAGGAAAGAAAACUAACAGAAGCAAUGAAUUUGUAA